CGAAGGAAGCCACGUGGAACGAGAUCAGCACUGUUCACAUUGUAAAAGGACUUAAGGACGUAACUGUCUCGGAAUUAGACCACGAGGAGGUGCCCGUAUUCUACUCGAACGUGCAUCGUCUUAGGCAGAACCGCGAAGGACUUGGUCUCGAUUUCACACCCAUCACCUUCCUCACCUGCUUCAGCAUCAACACACACAAAGCUGACUUUAAUAUGCCGACUACUACUAAAGACACACCCUUUGUUGAGGACAAUCGUGAUGGAACCAUCAGCGUCAAAUAUGAUCCCAGGGAACAAGGAACCCAUGAACUUUUUAUCAAACACAACGAUGCUGAAGUUCCAGGAUCACCUUUCAAAUUCCACGUGGAUGCCGUGACUUCUGGAUAUAUCACAGCCUAUGGUACAGGUUUGACACAAGGAGCAACUGGCAAGCCAAGUGUUUUCACUGUAUCCACAAAAGAUGCCGGAGCUGGUGCACUCUCCAUGUCUAUUGAAGGACCUUGCAGAACUGAACUCAGUUGUCACGACAACAAAGAUGGUACCGUAUCCGUCUCAUAUCUUCCUGCCGCUCCAGGGGAUUAUACGAUCAAAAUUCGCUACGGUGAUCGCCACAUCCAAGGUUCUCCAUUUUGCGCUAAAGUCACCGGAGAACCUCUUAAACGUAGCCAAGUAAUGCAAAGAACAGUCAGUGAAGUUACUCUGCCCGUAAAACCAGGAGAGUUUGAUAUAUCCACUGUUAACGCUUCAGUGCAAUCAACUGCAGGACUCGAAGAACCCUGUAUGUUGAAACUGAUGCCAACUGGAAAUAUCGGAGUGGUCUUCACUCCACGCACUGCUGGUGAUCACACAGUAUCAGUUAAGAGAUUAGGAAAACAUGUUACCAAUUCACCAUUCAAGAUUGUUAUUCUACCUCACGAAGUAGGAGAUGCUACGAAAGUUUUGUGCAGCGGACCAGGGUUGAAUCAGGGAAAAACUCAUGCGGAUAAUAUUUUCACAGUUGAUACUCGAAAUGCAGGGUAUGGAGGACUUGCCUUGUCUAUUGAAGGCCCAAGCAAAGUGUUGAUCCAGUGUAAUGAUCAACCUGAUGGAACAGUGAAACUUUCUUAUAAACCAACUGAACCCGGUUACUACGUGUUGAACUUAAAGUACGCUGAUCACCAUGUUACUGGAUCUCCGUUUGCUGUAAAGGUGAGCGGCGAUGGUUCCAACAGACAACGCGAGAAGAUGCAAAAGCACCGCGAACCUGUGCGAGCGGCAGAUCCUGGCCAACCCUGCAAACUGACCUUCAAAAUGUCAGGUAUUAGUACCUUUGAUCUUGCUGCUACGGUUAAGGAACAGGACGGGGUUGCCGAAGAUGCCGAAGUUACUGAAGAGGAAGAUGGGGUAUACGCCGUUAACUUUGUACCCCAAAAACAAGCAUUAUAUAUUAUAUCAGUCAAGCAUAAAGACAUUCAUAUCUCAGGAUCACCAUUCCCAUACACGGUGGGCCCAUUGACAGACUCCGGUGCUCACCUUGUAAAAGCAGGAGGUGCGGGUCUCCAACGCGGAGAACAAGGCCACCCAGCCGAAGUAAAUGUGUGGACGCGCGAGGCUGGAGGGGGUGCUCUCGCAGUGGCCGUUGAGGGACCAUCCAAGGCGGUCAUCGACUUCAAAGAUCGUAAAGAUGGCUCUUGUCACUUCUUGUACACUGUUACUGAACCGGGUGAAUACCGAAUCGGUAUCAAGUUCAACGAUCAGUACAUACCGGAUGCCCCGUACAACGUGAUAGUGUACCCCACUGGAGGAGAUGCACAGAAGCUCGAGAUUGCACAGUUCCCCAAAGGCAUCGUUCCGACUGAUAAACCGGCUCAAUUUAUUAUUCGGCGCAACGGCACCACGAAAGGACAAUUGGACGCGAGGCUCCUUGCUCCGUCUGGAAAGGAAUACGACUGUUUCACCCAAUUAGUCGACGAAGAGCAGUACUCGGUGCGUCUGUUUCCCCGUGAGACCGGCAUUCAUAAUAUUAUGGUCAAAUUCAACGGAAUUCAUAUUCCGGGAUCACCUUAUCUUCUGAAAGUGGGCAAUGAGGAUGUAGACCCAGCUGCAAUUUCGGCUAGCGGCAAAGGUCUUCAUUAUGCGAAAACAGGACAAAAAUCAGAUUUCUUGGUGGAUACUUGCGAUGUGCCAGCUGGAACUUUGUGGGUAACUUUGGACGGGCCUGGAAGAGCGGCCAUCGAUUGUUCGGAGGUCGAAGAUGGAUAUAAAGUUCGCUAUACGCCUCUGGUUGCUGGAGAUUACUACAUUUCUGUUAAAUAUAAUCAGUAUCAUAUCAUAGGAUCGCCCUUCAAACUUCAAGUAGAAGGUGAGAAUUUAGCCGAGUUAGGUGCCCAAGAAACUUCUUCAGUGAAAGUACAGACAGUACAAAAAAUAUCAAAAGAAGGCAAAAAACUUUUGCCAAAUAUGCCUGUAUUUAACUCUGAUGCCAGUCUUGUAACUAGCAAGGGAAUAGGUCUUAAGAAAGCCUACAUGGGCAAACAAAAUCAGUUCCAACUAAAUGCAGCUGAAGCCGGAAAUAAUAUUCUCCUAGUUUCUGUGUACGGUCCAAAAGGUUUCAAUGAAGAAGUAUCUAUUAAACAUACAGGAAAACACCAAUAUACAGUCAGUUAUUUGGUGCGUGAACGUGGCGAAUAUAUUUUGUUUGUAAAAUGGGGAGAUGAUCAUAUUCCUGGAUCGCCGUUCAAAGUGGACGCGUAG